GUGAGACUAAUCGGGCGCCAUCUUGUCUUGUUCGCGAAGAAGUAGAAGCAUCGAAAGGGUUGGAGAGGUAUUAUAGGAACGGUGGCGACGCGGUGUUCCGGAAUCAGAGUGGGGCAUAAGUAAUCUUGCUGCUAUGCUUCCAAGCUGUAGUUCUGAAUCAACCUAAAUUUUAAACAGAAGGUGAACCUCUGAGACAGAAAAUCAGAUACACUUUAAAAGUCAGGAUGUGGGAUCAAGGAGGACAGCCUUGGCAGCAAUGGCCCUUGAAUCAACAACAAUGGAUGCAGUCAUUCCAGCACCAGCAGGAUCCAAGCCAGAUUGACUGGGCUGCAUUGGCUCAAGCUUGGAUUGCCCAAAGAGAAGCUUCAGGACAGCACAGCAUGGUAGAACAACCGCCAGGAAUGAUGCCAAAUGGACAAGAUAUGUCUACAAUGGAGUCUGGUCCAAACAAUCAUGGGAAUUUCCAAGGGGAUUCGAACUUUAACAGAAUGUGGCAGCCAGAAUGGGGAAUGCAUCAGCAGCCCCCACACCCCCCUCCAGAGCAGCCAUGGAUGCCACCAACACCAGGCCCAAUGGACAUUGUUCCUCCUUCCGAAGACAGCAACAGUCAGGACAGUGGGGAAUUUGCCCCUGACAACAGGCAUAUAUUUAACCAGAACAAUCACAGCUUUGGUGGACCACCCGAUAAUUUUGCAGUGGGGCCAGUGAACCAGUUUGACUAUCAGCAUGGGGCUGCUUUUGGUCCACCGCAAGGUGGAUUUCAUCCUCCCUAUUGGCAACCAGGACCUCCAGGACCUCCGGCACCUCCCCAGAAUCGAAGAGAAAGGCCAUCAUCGUUCAGGGAUCGGCAGCGCUCACCUAUUGCCCUUCCUGUGAAGCAGGAGCCGCCACAAAUUGAUGCAGUAAAACGCAGGACUCUUCCAGCUUGGAUUCGAGAAGGUCUUGAAAAAAUGGAACGUGAAAAGCAGAAGAAGUUGGAGAAAGAAAGAAUGGAACAACAACGUUCACAAUUGUCCAAAAAAGAAAAGAAGGCUGCAGAAGAUGCUGAAGGAGGAGAUGGCCCUCGUUUACCUCAGAGAAGUAAAUUUGAUAGUGAUGAGGAAGAUGAAGACACUGAAAAUGUGGAGGCCGCAAGCAGUGGAAAAGUCACCAGAAGUCCAUCUCCAGUUCCUCAAGAAGAUCAAAGUGAACCAGAAAUGACCGAAGAAGAGAAAGAGUAUCAAAUGAUGUUGCUGACAAAAAUGCUUCUGACUGAAAUUCUACUGGAUGUCACAGAUGAAGAAAUUUAUUAUGUAGCCAAAGAUGCACACCGGAAAGCAACGAAAGCUCCUGCAAAACAGCUGGCACAGUCCAGUGCACUGGCUUCCCUCACUGGACUCGGUGGACUGGGCGGUUACGGAUCAGGAGACAGUGAAGAUGAGAGGAGCGACCGAGGCUCUGAGUCAUCUGACACUGAUGAUGAGGAAUUGCGGCACCGAAUCCGGCAAAAGCAGGAAGCUUUUUGGAGAAAAGAAAAAGAACAGCAGCUGUUACAUGAUAAACAGAUGGAAGAAGAAAAGCAACAAACAGAAAGGGUUACAAAAGAGAUGAAUGAAUUUAUCCAUAAAGAGCAAAAUAGUUUAUCACUACUAGAAGCAAGAGAAGCAGAUGGUGAUGUGGUUAAUGAAAAGAAAAGGACUCCAAAUGAAACUACGUCAGUUUUAGAACCAAAAAAAGAGCAUAAAGAAAAAGAGAAACAAGGAAGGAGUAGAUCAGGAAGUUCCAGUAGUGGUAGUUCCAGUAGCAAUAGCAGAAGUAGUAGUACUAGUAGUACUGUCUCUAGCUCUUCGUACAGUUCUAGCUCAGGUAGUAGUCGCACUUCUUCCCGAUCUUCUUCUCCUAAAAGAAAAAAGAGACAUAGUAGGAGUAGAUCGCCAACAAUUAAAGCUAGGCGUAGUAGGAGUAGAAGUUACUCUCGCAGAAUUAAAAUAGAGAGCAAUAGGGCUAGAGUAAAGAUUAGAGAUAGGAGGAGGUCUAAUAGAACUAGCAUUGAAAGAGAAAGACGAAGAAAUCGAAGUCCUUCCCGAGAGAGACGUAGAAGUAGAAGUCGCUCAAGGGAUAGGCGAACCAAUCGGUCCAGUCGCAGUAGGAGUCGAGAUAGGCGUAAAAUUGAUGAUCAACGUGGAAAUCUUAGUGGGAGCAGUCAUAAGCAUAAAGGUGAGGCUAAAGAACAAGAGAGGAAAAAAGAGAGGAGUCGAAGUAUAGAUAAAGAUAGGAAAAAGAAAGACAAAGAAAGGGAGCGUGAACAGGAUAAAAGAAAAGAGAAACAAAAAAGGGAAGAAAAAGAUUUUAAGUUCAGUAGUCAGGAUGAUAGGUUAAAAAGGAAACGAGAAAGUGAAAGAACAUUCUCUAGGAGUGGUUCUAUAUCUGUUAAAAUCAUAAGACAUGAUUCUAGACAGGAUAGUAAGAAAAGUACUACCAAAGACAGUAAAAAACAUUCAGGCUCUGAUUCUAGUGGAAGGAGCAGUUCUGAAUCUCCAGGAAGUAGCAAAGAAAAGAAGGCUAAGAAGCCUAAACAUAGUCGGUCGCGAUCCAUGGAGAAAUCUCAAAGGUCUGGUAAGAAGGCAAGCCGCAAACACAAGUCUAAGUCCCGAUCAAGAUCAACAACCCCUCCCCGUCGUAAACGCUGAGGAAUGAUGUGGCAAGAAUGCCAUGAUGUUUAAAAAAUUCCAUGAGUUUUAAGGGCUUGUCUCAUUAUAGAGGCACAUUGUGGCUGUGUAGGUGAAACCAGAAUUUUUUUUUUUUUUUAAUCUGUAAAUAGGUGUACUUUUUCCAAAUGCUGCUCCAAGUUACUUAAUAGGAUUUCUUUGUAUUACAUUUUUUCAAAAAAUAGUGCAUAAUAAGACUAUAAACAUGCCAUUCUCUUUCAGCUGUAAUGUUCUUAAAAUUAUUCUUGAAUGUACUGUGAUGUCAAUAAAGCUCUUUAGUUCCUUUUUGUUAACCUCUUGCACAUUAAUUUUAUGAUUUUAAUCUAAGGAACGUACUUUUAUAAAAAGGCAGCUGGAGUUUUGUAUAACAGGUUUUAAAGGUACUUCCUCUCAUCUCCCCCAAAGAAAAUGGUUUUAAAUUAAUAGUUUGUCAAAAUCUGUAAAUUGUACCAUGGAUUUUUGUCAAAUUUCAAGUAUAAGGGUGUAGAAGAGGGCCAGAAAUAGAUCUUUACGUUCAUUUGGAAGCAUUUGAUAGCUUUCUAAACUUUUCUUCCUGUUUUGGGGAUUUUCAAGUAAUAUGUUCUCUGUGUGUAUAAAGUAUGGUUCACUCCUGUAAAAUGAAAGUGCUGGAAUCAAUCAGAGCAGUGCACCAUUAGAAUUAUUUAUAAGGAAUGACUGUGUUUGACACUAGCAGCAGUGCAAGUCUGGAACUAUAUUCUGCAGUUUCCCACUUCUGUUUUAAACCAUAUUUUAAACACUUUGGGGUUACUAUAGAACUAAAACUCACAAUUUGAUAUAUUUAUUUAUAUUUUUAAAGCGUAAUAUGACCUCAGCUCAGUGGAGGAAUACUGUAUUAUUCAGGUUUGUGUCAGUUUCAUAACAUUAAAAUGAUCUGGUAUGGUCAGUUUCUUAAAAUUAUGAUCAGUGAGUUGUCUAGCAGUUUAAGGCAGUCAUAACUUACGAGUAAAAUGAGGCUCUGCAGGCACUGAAAUGCUCAACUGAAAUGCUUUUAGGGUCUUUAUAUGAUUACUCACUUAUGCCACAAUAGAUAAAUCUUUGAAAACAAAUGCUUUUAAAUUUUAAUUUAAAAAGGAAAAAGCAGGUGCAGGUCACAAGAGUUUUAGAGUAUGCCUUGUUACCAGCAGUAGUUCAUUUUAAAGUAAGCCAGGUUUUUGCCAAGAUCAGUGUUUCCUCAAAAUGAAGGUAGAAAUAGACUUGUAAUAGUGUGCUCUUGUACCUCUACAUAGGUUCUUAAAUAAUUUUGAGCAGUUACGCAUUUAUCUAGAGGAAAUCAACUGUGAAUAAAUGCAUGUUUACCAAAAAUAUUGUUUUACAGUGCAUUUAGUUCUGAUAUUUAUUAAGUUGACAUUUCACACAAUAACUUUUAAAUAGUUUGGAAUUCUAUAUAGUUUAGGCAUCAGUCACAUCUGAGAUAAGUAAAGGAAAAUGUGCAAUAUUUUUUAUGUAGGUGAGCUAACACAGUAUACCUAAUUGCAGAAUUAUCUGAUUAAUUUGUAAUAGAUAAGUUGUAUAACAUUUUCAUAUCUAAAAAUGUUUUUUAGAUCAAUCUCAAGUGAAAUAAUAUUUUCAGAAUAAAAUUCUACAGAAAAAGUCUACUGGCUAUGAUAUGCACAUUUUUAAGCAAGAUAUGAACUAGAGCCAAAAGUAGCAUUUGACAGUUUGAUUUACUCUGCCAUAAUAUGCAAGCUUCCUAUCUGUAGAUAUUUUUAAAAACAUAGUCAUGAUGUAUGUGAUUAUUAGUAAAUACAUCAGUAUUAUAAUUAGAUAUUUGGGUUUUCAGUUUAGAGAAUUCAUCAUUUCACUGACAUUAAUGGAGUAUGUUUACCUUGAAUGGUAAGAUUUUAUAAACAGGGCUUCCAUGAUUUGGGAUGUGAAUGCUAAGACUUAUACGUAAGUUAAUUAGAUGUGUAAUUUGGUUAUGAAGCCUUUUCUAAAAUGAUACCACCAGAAAAUUAAUAGAUUAAUUUUUUGAGACAAUCAUUGGUAUGGAUUGGUUAAUAAAAACUGUCUUAAGAGGUUUUCUUUUCAAAUAUUUCUAGUGUAUUAAUCAUACUUGUUUUUGUGGAAUGGGGGUAAACCACACCAUUAAGAGAAUAAAAUGUAAUUUGGAAAGAGGUAAUUAUAAGAUUUGUUUCAGGCCCCAAAAUAUAAAUAAAGAUUGGUGUGGAAUUUCA